UCAUCCUCUACGAUUAGUAACGUCAACCGUUAAGACUGUAGCCUACAACGCCUCAAAAGAAUUGACAUCCAUCCUGUCCAAAGCUUACCAAAACCCGAAGUUUACCAUCAAAAAUUCUCGCCAAGCUUUCAACGCUCUUCGAAACAAACGCAUCCUACGUGGACACAGAAUGGCAUCGUUCGACAUGGAAAAUUGUUUUGGCUCGAUAUCCACAGCUUUAGCCAUUAAACUUAUUAAAAAUGAUUUUGACGAAAAGGUACGUCCGCACACCACUAUGGAAAAAGAAGAUUUCAUCGAGCUUUUACGGAUAUGUUUGGAUGAAUGCAACUAUCUGCUAUACAAAGGACAAUUCUACCGUCAGAUUAAUGGUAUCUUCAUGGGCAACUCCUUGGGUAGCAUAAUCGUACAAAUCGUCACUGAACACAUCAUCAGUCAGGUAAUCGAACAGCUCAAAAAGGACAAACUCAUCCCACCAUCCGUAUGGAUAGUGUACGUAGAUGACCACCUAGUCAUAUGCAGAGAACCGGUCAUAAACGAAAUCUUGAAAAAGCUCAAUGCUUUUGACCCUGGCCGCAUAAAAUUUACCUGUGAAUUAGAGACCAACUCGUCAAUUAAUUUCCUCGAUUUAACAAUCAGAAGACAAGAUGGCUCCGUCAUUACGAACUGGUACAGUAAAUCAAUCGCAUCAAACCGUAUGCUGAACUAUUACUCGGCACACCAAAAGAAAACCGUUUCCAAUGUAGCCAUUUCGUUUGCUAAAAAAGUCUUCGAGUAUAGCCACCCCACUUACCACCAGGAAAACACCAUCAAAAUAAAGGACAUACUUACGAAGAACAACUUUCCACAAUCUGAAAUUCAACGCAUCAUCCAACUAGCUAAGAGAAAACCAAACACCGUAAAGAAACCCGCAGACAACACUACGCCAAAAUUCGCAUCUGUUGUCUACGUACCUGGCAUGUCUGAAUCGCUGAAAAAACAGAUCAAAUAUUUCAUACCGGAAGUCAAAAUUGCCGAUCGUCCGACCCAAAAAUUGGCAACGUUUUAUUCGAAGGAGAAGGAUAAAAUCGACAAGACCGAAUCAUCGGGUGUAGUCUAUCAAUUCACAUGUCCGGACUGUAACUGCAUUUACAUUGGUGAGACUUGCCAAAAACUAUGUACCAGAAGACAACAGCACAAAAAUUCUAUAUCUACAACCAAUCUGGCUAGGACUAAAGUUUCUUCAGCACUGGCGCUACACACCAAAACAACUGGCCAUCAAUUCGACUUUGAAAGAAUUAAAAUACUUGAUCGUAACAGCAACAAACGCAAACUGCAAAUAUCAGAAGUCAAUCACAUAAUCAUGAACCAAGAACGUGCCUGCAAUUACAAAAAAGACUCCGAGCGAAUUGCUCCAGCAUACACCAAUCUCUUACGGCAAUUCGCUGGGAAAAAUGACCAAUGUAACUGGACUAGAGUAAUUAAUCAUGCAACACCGAAUAAUUGACAUCUCACCACCGACAACUUACUUGUCACCUAUGUUUGACCGAUAAGAAAUUGUUUUUCGUGUAAAGUUGUUAAGUUCACCGGCUAAUGCAAGUUUAUAACCCUUUUAAUUUUCUUGACGAAAGCUCUAAAAUGAGCACAGGCUGUGAUAACCGCUAAAUUUUGACCAAUUAGCCCUGAUGAUGACCUGGUAUUAGGUCGAAACGUCGGCAAUUUGAAAACAAAAUUGUUUUAAAAUCAUUGGCAACCAAAACCUCAGCUACACAAC